GACUUGCUUUUGACAGGUCGUCAGCCAACAACCGCUCCCCCACAUCCCACAGUCGAAAAGCUAAGCUUGAGAGGAGAAAUGCUGCAUGCAGAAGGCUGAUGAAGGAAGGCUUCAGCAACAACACAGAAGGAUCGAAUCUUCGAUCUUCGAUCCAAUCGUCCAUUGAGCUUGGCGAAACAAGGACACAUAUCAGAACCAGAGGGAAUUGAAAUCUGGCAAGAAGCAAGAAAUCAAACAAUGACAGACUCGCAAGAAAACAAAAAAUUGCAGGAGGAGAUUGAACUAUUGCAUAGAAGAGAAAAUACUCUUCUACAGCUUGUUCGCAGGGGGUUAAAGAAACAGAUCCAGAUAGGCGAUAUUCCAUUGGAGAUUCAAGAUAUUUUGUUUCCAGAUAAAGAAAGUUCGUUUCCAGAUAAAGAAAGUGUAUUGCACGCUGUGAAGAAUGGUACGCUUCGAUGGUCCACUUUGCCCGAAAAUCUCAAGUGGAAGUAUGAUGCCGAAGUAGUUUGUGAGGCCUUCGAGCGGGAUAAAAUGGACUCAUUGGUCAUCAAGGCUACCCGUAGCGAGGCCUACUAUGCAAUGACGGAAGGCUUACACAAGCCAGGAAUUUUGUGGCAAGACUUGCCCUUUGAGCUGAAGCUGAAUCCUGAUGUUACAUUGGGUGCUCUUCGAACCAGACAGGGCCCAGCCCUGAAUUGCAUCCCGCCCCAGUUCCAAAACUGCUUUUCUUUUCUCUCAGUUGCAAUUCUAUUCGAAAAACUCUCCCUGGAAGAGGUGCCAACAGAAGUCCUGCAGAAGGAUCCCGAAUUGGCUCUUUUAGGCGUACAGAUGGGAGAGUUCUUGGCUGCUGAUUGUCCCAUUUUGACUCCGGAGGUCCUUCGAAGGGCUGUCAAUGAAAGCAAACUAGAGUGGGAGGAUUUGCCAUUUGCCCUUCAGCAAGAUCUUGGGUUCGCACUUGGUAUCACAAAAACGGAAAUUCUUCAACAGAUGCUUCAAAGCUGUCCACAACUUUGGAAUCAUCAGGAGUUCUGGCUGAAGGUUACAAAACAAACUUACGUUUCACGCGUACAGAUGCAGCAUAUCUCUCUUGAACUGCGCUCCAAUUCUGAAUUCAUGAUUGAACUGUGCGUUAACUGUGCUGCAGCAUAUGCGCUUGUUGAUGAGGAUCUGUCAAGCAGUCGGGAUUUCCUGGAGCAAAUCCUACAAGGAAAUGGAUGUGUGAUCAAGUACCUCUCCCAUGAACUUCAAGAGUUGCAUAUUGAUCUGAUCAUCCAGGCCCUGCCUAGCAUUCGUGUUGAAUGCAAGAAAGAAAACGGUUUGGGAAGAAUUUUAGCCCGUGCAUUGUCUCCAGCGAUCUGGACACAACGUGAUUUUGUUUUGAAAUGGGUCCAAGCAGGUCUCAGCCUUCCAAGCAAUCUCCCAGACCAGCAACUAGAGAUAUUGGAGCAAGAUCAAGAGAUCUGUCUUGAGAAUGUAAUUGCUCAAAAGGCAUUCGAAUAUAGGUUUGGCCAACAGUACACUGGUGAUCCUGCGUUUGUGCUCAAAGUUGUCAAGCACCACCCAUUCCUGUAUACACAGGCAACAGGUUCUGCAAAGAUAUGCCUACAAGUGAUGGCAGCAGCAUUUGCGGGAUGCCCGGAGAUUGCAUAUCGCGCGCUUGCUGAUUUGCCUUUCAAGGAACAAACCAACCUAGUUCGGCGGCUCCAAAAGUACAUACACAAUGAACUUGAGCCAUACUCUACAUUUUGCUCAUGUGUACUUGGAAACAUGAUCUCGACCCAGUCAAUGGCAUCAACCGGGACAUCUUUGACACUUCUAAACCAAGGGCUGGAAACGUCACUCCGUUACAAAAAACUGCUGGCCGAGUACCUUGGCAUUCCUAGAGGAAGUGAUCUGAAACGCCUCCUCCGAGCAAGAGACAAUGUCCACAAGGCCACCGGUACCAGGUACUGCCCCUUGGUCUCUUGAGCACCUCUAUCACGAUUGAUGAAAUAAAGGCAUGGAAUGGCAUGCAUUGGUUUCGGCACCUCGAUAGAUAAUCUAGCUUUAGAAAACACAUAAUUCUUUGC